AAUUUCCUUAGUCAAAUAGAACCACACCAGACUUCAAUCGACUUCAACUUCAAUUCGAAAUUUAAACAGAAAUAACUAAAACUUUUUGUUGUUUUCCACAACUGCAACCAUGUUCUGCGAUUGGUUGAAUGAAAUGCAACGCUUCCUGCACUGGGGACCCGUGACUGUCUUCGGUUUGAUGGUCUGCGUGAUCGGGACAACCGUCCACUUGAAUGCGAUGUGGUGGCCGCCGGAGGAGUCGCUCUACGCUGCCAUCAACUACGUUAUGAUUGCGGUCCUCAAUCUGGUCACCCUGUAUAACUUUGGCAUGGCGAUUGUGGUGGGACCCGGCCUCCUGCCAAGGCACUGGCAGCCCACAGAUCCCGAGGACGAGCAGUUCCUGCAGUACUGCAAGGUGUGCGAGGGAUACAAGGCACCGCGGGCCCAUCACUGCCGCCGCUGCAAUCGCUGUGUGAUGCGGAUGGACCACCACUGUCCGUGGAUCAACAACUGCAUCGGAUGGGCCAACCAGGCGAACUUCUUCUACUUCCUGUUCUUCUUUAUGCUCGGCAGCAUUCAGUCGGGCGUGAUCAUCGGCUGCUCCUUCUACGAGGGCAUCUAUCGCCGGGCAAUGCUGAAGCAGGGCAAUAGCGACGGGAUCCGAGUCGUGUUGACCCUGCACAGUGCCAUGGCAUGCCUCUACAGCCUGGGCGUUGUGGUGGGCGUGUUCCUGGCCACGCUGAAGCUCAUGCAGCUGCAGAUCAAGGCGAUAUUGUGGAACCGCAGCGAGAUCGAGUCCUGGAUCGUGAAGAAGGCCGAGUUCCGUCGCUACCUGAAUGGCGUGAAUGGCCGGCCCAUUCCCAUAUUCGACUACCCGUACGACUUGGGCGUUUGGCGGAACAUCCAGGAGAUUUUCAAUGGCUGCGGCGACGGCAUCAGUUGGCCCGUUCGCCCCGGCUGCGAUCAGUACACUCUGACGCGCGAGCAGCUGGCCCAGAAGCUGGAGAAGCGGGCCCGCACCCGCACCUACAGGUGCAUCGCACCGGCCACCGGCUACUGGCUGCCCAUCGUCUCCCAGGGCCUAAUGGUCACCGUGUGCCUGCCGUGCGCCGACGAUCCACGCAUUGUCCUGCAAGUUGGGGAUCUCGUGCAGGUGACUCGCAUCCGGGACUAUUGGCUCUACGGCGAACGGGUGCUCUCCACGCAGGAGCAGAAGCUGCACAAGAAGCACCAGCUCAAGGGGCACAUACGCGGCUGGUUUCCGCGCUGCUGUGCCGUCGAGUUGGUGGAAGAUGGGGACGGCGAAGGAGGACUGGUUGACCAGUCUGCUGGCGACACUGUGGCUGUCCAUCAGCAGAAAAAGACCAAGGCAAAGAAGCGGCGUCCCAAGUCCCACAAUUAAAGGGUAUUUGGCGGUGCGACUAGCGGCUGUUUUACUGCUGGUCAACCAAGGCAUUAAUCUCUUAAUACUUAAUACUUAAUGCUUAAUAAUAUAUUGUACAAAUGAAUAAAUACUUGCCGCGGGGGGUGGGGAGCGGCGGCGAGGCAUGCACCA